AUGAUGAAAUACUGCGGUCUCCCUCUGACCCCUGUGGUCCCCAAACCGUUCUCCCUCUGGCCCCUGUGGUCCCCAAACCGUUCUCCUUCUGGCCCCUGUGGUCCCCAAACCGUUCUCCCUCUGACCCCUGUGGUCCCCAAACCGUUCUCCCUCUGGCCCCUGUGGUCCCCAAACCGUUCUCCUUCUGGCCCCUGUGGUCCCCAAACCGUUCUCCUUCUGGCCCCUGUGGUCCCCAAACCGUUCUCCUUCUGGCCCCUGUGGUCCCCAAACCGUUCUCCCUCUGGCCCCUGUGGUCCCCAAACCGUUCUCCCUCUGGCCCCUGUGGUCCCCAAACCGUUCUCCUUCUGGCCCCUGUGGUCCCCAAACCGUUCUCCCUCUGGCCCCUGUGGUCCCCAAACCGUUCUCCCUCUGGCCCCUGUGGUCCCCAAACCGUUCUCCCUCUGGCCCCUGUGGUCCCCAAACCGUUCUCCCUCUGGCCCCUGUGGUCCCCAAACCGUUCUCCCUCUGGCCCCUGUGGUCCCCAAACCGUUCUCCCUAGUCCACAGGAACAGGAGCUUCUCAUCUGUGGAGGAUAAAAGCAUGUUGGGUGACACCGAAUCACCAGGAGCAGGAGGAGGCCACGGAGGAGUCAACACACUCGGUAAUGUGUGGGAGCUGGAGGAGAAAACAAUCCCCAAUGUCUGGAACGUUCACAGGGAGGAGGAGAGAGAAGAUGAGAGGGGGGGAGAGGCAGAGAGAGGGGAGAGAGGCAGAGAGAGGGGAGAGAGGCAGAGAGAGGGGAGAGAGGCAGAGAGAGGGGAGAGAGGCAGACAGAGCCACGACUCCGUGAAGCUGAUCAAGUUCGCGGACGACACCACCCUCAUUGGACUCAUCUCCAACAACGAUGAGUCCGCCUACAGGAGGGAGGUGGACCGGCUGGUGUCCUGGUGCAGUGGUAACAACCUGGAGCUGAACGCCCAGAAGACAGUGGAGAUGAUUGUGGACUUCAGGAAGAGCACUGUCCCCCCGCCCCCACCCUCCGUGAUGGACUCCCCCAUCACCUCUGUGGAGUCCUUCCGUUUCCUGGGCACCACCAUCACCCAGGACCUCAAGUGGGAGCCGACCAUCAGCUCCCUCAUCAAGAAGGCCCAGCAGAGGAUGUACUUCCUGCGGCAGCUCAGGAAAGCCAAGCUGCCUGCACAGAUGUUGGUGCAGUUCUACACGGCCAUCAUCGAGUCCAUCCUCACCUCCUCCAUCACCGUGUGGUUCGCUGGAGCCACAGUCAGGGACAAACAGAGACUACAGCGCAUUGUGCGCUCUGCAGAGGAAGUGAUCGGCCGCAGCCUUCCAUCGCUGCAGGACCUGCAGGAGGCUGCGGUCCAUCAGGACUAG